UGAAGUUUCUUAACAACUAAGAUGGAGACUAAUAUUCUUUGAAUUUGCCUUCAUUUGCAUAUAUCUAUAAAUACAUGGUACUAGUUGCUUUGUGACACUUAAUAAAAACUCUAAAUCUGGCUAGCUGCCCUCAUUCAAUUUGCCCUUUUGCUAUCAGCUGGAAUUAGUCCAACCAAUUUCGAUGGCCUCCUCUAAGACUUUUGAUCUCAAAUUGUACUGCACAUGCGAUGGAUGUAAGAAAAAGGUGAAGAAAGUGCUGAAAAAUGAUCGUGGAGUAGUGCAUUCAAGUGAAAUAGAUACAAAUGAAAGAAAGGUGACCAUCUCAGGUACCACAGACCCACACACACUCAUAGCCGCAUUUGGAAAGGCUGGGAAGAAAGUGGAGCUUUUGACGUCGGAGCAAUUCUCCUCCGGCGAGAACAACCAGCUGCAGAACAUGGAAAUAGUACCAACAAAAUCCGCAAAAGGAGUUCUUGACAGUGACCACCAACGUACCAUAGCAGAACUCCAGCAAUUCUCCAAAAAUAAUCAACGGUCCAAACUCUAUGGUGCCUGUUUGGUGUAUAUUCGUAAUAGUAGUGUUGAUUCUCUGGCAUAUAUUGGAGCCAAAGGGCUCAUCAGCGGCCCCCGACCUUCCAUGGCAGAACACCAGCAAUUCUUCCAAAAUAAUCAACGGUCUAAACUGAAAGAGAUUGUUGAUCAUGACGCUCUCCGCAUGACUACUGGUACGAAAAAUCAAACUAGCCACAAGCACGAGCUCGAGUUGAAAAGCUAUGAAAAACGGUUCACUUGCAAUGGAUGCAAGCAGGAAGGUUUAGGACCAAGAUACAGAUGUAAGCACUGUGACUAUGAGCUCCAUAAGGAAUGCAGGAAUCCGAAAUUGGAAAUUUCCCACGAAUUCCUCAAAGGACACACCCUCGAAUUCCUUGAUCAACUUCCUAGCAAAUGUUCAACAACACGCUGCAUUGCGUGUGGGAGUAACAUAUGUGGCUCUCUCUACCACAACAAAGCCAAGGAAUUGUAUUUGCACCCUUGUUGUAGCAACCUCAAGAGUAAACUGUGCAUCGAUGGCGCGAUUUUCAAGCUUCGUAAUGAAGUGGUAUCAAAAUGCAUGUGGUGCAAGAAGAAAGAGCCUCGGCGCCACAAAACCGACAUUCGAGGUUGGUCUUACAUUUCUGAUUGUAAGGAGUAUCAGAUUCAUGUGUACUGUGUGACUGAAAUGGUGCAUGAGGCAUGGAAGAAAGAGAAGAUAGAUCUGCAACUCUUACCUAAUUCGAAGAAGAAUCAAGGGAAAUUGGGUUUCAAGACUAUCAGAAAGAUAGUGGAGAUAUUACUCAAGAGUGUAGUUGGCGUUCUUUUCGGAGAUCCAUUGAUGAUCAUUGCAUCUGUGGUUCCUUCUGUGGUGGAGUUAAUCUCCAACAACUGAACACACAGAGAAGAACACAUCUGAUAUGUUUUGACUAACAAGAAUGCGUUCUAGCUAAGGAGUACUGGUUGUGAGAUGUGUGUGAGGGUGUGGUAAAUUGCAAGGUGUGCUGUUGUUUUUCUUCUUGUGUGCAUGGUGUGUUCUUGUGAUGUGCAAGAAAACAGUUGGUUUCUUUGCCACGCGUUGGAAAAGAAGGGAGAAUAAUUUCGCGGGUUUUUAUUACGGUUUCAGAUUAUUUUUUUCAGAAGCUGUUUGUUCGAAUUCUCUUGUAGUGAAAAUAGUAAUUAUAAUUUUGUUCAGUUUUUGAUUGUAAUUUCUCAAGUUUGAGCAAAUACUAGAGAGGAACUUUGUCCA